GCAUCACCACACACACACACGCACACACUCGUAACGUUAGCUCGCCUCCGCCGGGUAUAAAGAUAUACCGGGAAAUAACGUCGCACGUUUGUUCCGAUUCACUCUCGGUCGAACCGCGAACGCACAGUCCACAACGGUGCACACUGCCUGACACACCGAGCGCCGCAGUUUUUCGGUAGUCGAAGCAUUCAUCAUGGCGGGACAGAUGAUCGGUACGAUUCCGGAGUUUAUCGCCGAUUAUGACGACUGGAACGUGUAUUACGAGCGGUUGGAGCAGUUCUUCGAGGUGAACGACAUCCCGCCGGAGAAGCGCAGUGCCUUCCUGAUCAGUUGUAUCGGCAGCCACACGUACAAGAACCUGCGCGAUCUGUGUCACCCGAUACUGCCCAAGAACCGGCCAUUCGAGGAGCUGUGUGAGCUGCUCCGUAAGCAGUUCAGCCCUCAGGUGGCAAUUUUCCGCGAGCGGACACACUUCUACAACGCCACCCAGAACGCCGACGAGAACGUAACCCAGUGGUACGGCCGGCUGAAGAAGCUGUCCGUCGACUGCAAAUUCGGUCCCAACCUGGAGGCGAUUCUGCUGGACAAAUUCAUCACCGGACUGCGCCCAGGACAGGUAUUAGAUCGGUUGUGUGAGGAAAAUGAGACGAUCCAACUGGAGCAGGCACUGGACAUUGCGAUCAACAAGGAGUGUGCCGUGCGGGAAUCGGCCUACCUCAAUCCGGCACCCGCUGCUAUCCCACCCACGGGCAGUGGUGGACACUUUUGCAAGUGUGCCUGUGGCGGUGGCAACUACGCACCGAGUGAGGAUGGUUCGCAGAAGAAGGGACGCACGAGGAACCGCAGACGGGGAAAGAAUGCCGCAAAACGUAAUGCGGAAGAGAAUGACGAUGAGGGUGGGGACUAGAGUGGGAUUGGAAGGGGUUGGGGAUUAUGUUAAGAAAACAGCUGUUUGAAUAGAUAUAUAAGAAGAAACCAAGUAUUUAAUAAAUGCUUAUGAGAAUUAUUU